AGCCCGGAGUGCGUGACGUCACAGCCUCCCCAGGACCCCAGAGUCACAGUUAGAGCCGUGGGUCCUUUGACCUCACAAACACACUCCUCCACAGGAGGUGGAGUGAGGCCUCCCUCAGCUCAGCUCAGUUCAGCUGCUUCUCUUCUGUGGGGCUGUACUCGCGCUCCCUGGCCCUUCUCUCUCCUGCCGCCCGUGGCAGCCAUGAAGUGGACCCCCAGCUCCCUGGAAACCCUGCUGUGGGUCUACCACUUGCACAGUUCCAGGGAGGUAGCCCUCCAGCCCCCUCUUCUAUCUUCCCUGGAACUCGCUGUGGCCGCAGCUCAGGAGUAUCUGGAGCAGAGGUUCAGAGAGCUGAAGCCCCUGGAGCUGGGGGAGCCAAAGAACCCGCCCGCCCCAAGCCCACCCUGGGGCUGAUGCUAAAGAGAAACCGGGGCCACCUUGUUAGAGGUGGGACUACCCCCAGUGAAUAUCUCAGCCCUUUGGUCACAGCAGGAGGUGCGGCGACUAGAGAACGACAGCAGCCAGGGCCCAGCCCCAAACGCCUACCAGGCAGGGCAGGGGGCUCAAGGAGCAGGCGCUGCGGGCGAGAGCUUCUGGCUCCUGCUCCAGGGUGCGUGGCUGUGCCUAAGUGGACGGGGCCUGCAAGGGUCCACCUCAUUUCUGCAGCAAUGUAGACGCCAGCUGGGCCUCAAAAUCCCCGGGGAACCGGUGAGUUCAGGAUGGGGAGGUGUUAGGGGCCAGAGGCGAUACUCGGCAGACCUCAAAGUGGCGUCCAGCAGCAGUGCGGAGGACGGAGUACCAGAGAAUCCGCCGUAG